CGACACGGCAAGACCACCAACAGGUUUUGGAACGAGCCAAGAGAAUGCGGACCAUCUUGUCUCCGCGCGAGACUUUCACCAAGUUCAUGUUCGACGAGGUCCUGAAAGAGAAGAGGGUCAUUUUCCUGGAAACCUUCACCUUCACGUACUGGGUGGGGAAGUUCUACAAGAGCAUGCCGCGCGGGGAGUUCUACAUGGCCAAGGAGACCGUCGUCAACCCGGCCAUGUGCAUGUGGAUAAACCGAAACAUGGACAGCUAUUUCAUCCGGGCCAUUCACGUGCGGAGCCGCUGGAUCACCGAGUCCGGUCUCCCUCAGCGGUGGAAGCACCUGAUGAUGGAACAGAGCCGGCACAACUCCAGCGGCGUGAUUGGGUCUCCGCUGCAGUCCCUGUCUAGCGUCGCGCCGCUCAGGCUUCAAGACGUGGCAGCUCUCAUGCAAAUACUUCUAGCGGGUUCUUGUAUAGCCCUGGCGGCUUUCCUCGUCGAAGUGGCCAGGCACCGCGCUCAGAGCCGCGCCCCAGUCACAUCUCCGACUUGAAGCGUGGAGCACACG